AUGAGAAGCUCUGUGCCGUCUGAACCGUUCCGGUUCCUAGACCUCCCCAAGGAAAUACGGCUCAUGGUAUAUGAGCGAUUACCACGAAAGAUCAAACAUCAUCAAGUUCGGCAUCCGGACGAGCCAUCGCGUCGCGUGACCUUCAUUGUUAGAUCGAUCCCCAUCGCCGUCCUUGCAACCUGCUGGAAGAUCCACUGCGAAGCUCGGGCUAUUGUUGAAGCUUUGGCGAAGAGUUUCAUCCUGGAUUCUCCCUCGCGACUUCUCGACGGUAUAAGUGGGCGUAGGCAAGGUCGCAUGCUCGAUGCUAUUGUGAGGGGAGCCACCAAGCAAUAUGAUAGUUUGGAACAACAUGAGCUUGGCGAUGGACCAUGUUUGACCAUCGCACAGCUGUUCGAAGGUCGCUUGCGCCAUACUCUCGAAAGCAAGCGCACCAGCCGGUUCCUCGCCAAAUUCAUCCAUCAAGCUGGUCAUCAACUCCGUUACGGUGAUCCACGGAACCACCUCAGUCCCAAGCUCAGAUUUAGCGGCUUCAAAUGGAUAGAGAUGGUGAAAUAUACUUCCGAUGUCUCAGGUAUCGGUCGUCACUGGGCACUUGGGGCUGAUCUCCACGCGGUCAACGAUCGCCUUCACGAUAGCAAGAUCGCACUUGUGUGUGCUGGCGAGCUGCCCAUCGCUCCACCCGUGCCAUGUGGCCGGUCUUCAAGCUCUGUCGUUGUUCCGCAGCCUAUCGAUUUCCAAGCGUACGGUCUUGAAUGUUAUAUCCCUGCCUUGCCUAGAAUGACCGAAAUGGAGUGGAUAGAAGGAUGGUUGGAAUGA